AUGUCACCAUUUGAGGCACUGUAUGGAAAAUCUUAUCGUACACCCUUGUGUUGGUCAGAGGUCCGAGAAAGAGUUUUGCUGGGUCCCGAGAUUAUAGAUGAAACUACUCAGAAUGUUCAGGUAAUUAAGUCUAACCUGAAAGCGGCCCAGGAUCGACAAAAGAGCUUAGCGGACAGGCAUACUACUGACAGGGUGUAUAAAGUUGGUAAUUGGGUGUUUCUGAAGCUAUCACAGUGGAGAGGUGUAGUACGGUUUGGAAAGAAAGGCAAGCUAAGUCCCACGUUUAUCAGACCAUAUCAGAUCACCGAGCGAGUUGGUGAAGUUGCUUGCAGGCUUGCGUUGCCUUCUAAGCUGGCUAAACUGCAUAAUGUUUUUCAUGAGUGCAUGCUUCAUCAUUACGUUGCUGAUCCGUUGCAUGUGAUACCUCCUCAACCAUUAGAAAUAAAUCCAGAUUUGACAUAUGACAAGGAACCAGUAACAAUGUUGGAUUGGAAAAAAAAGGUUCUGAGGAAUAAGACUGUGAGAUUAGUGAAAGUUUUGUGGAGGAAUCACUCAGUGGAGAAGGCUACUUAG